AUGCAGAGGGAAGGCAGCAGUGCGCCCAAGCGCUCCCGGCGGUCCCGGCGGCGGGCGAAGUCCAGCAACGAGGCCUCAGCAGCAGCAGCAGCAGCAGCAGCGUCGUCUGCUGCAGCAGCGGGCCCCGCGGCAGCUGGACACACGGCGUCCACAGGAGCAGCAGGAGCAGCAGGAGCAGCAGCAGCAGCAGCAGCGCCGUCUCUGACACUGGCGGCCCCCGCAGCCGCCCCUCCUCCCAGCUCGGGGGCCCCCGAGGCCCCGAAGCCGGAAGAAGCUGUGGGGAGAGAAAGUGCUGCUGCUGCUUCGAGUUUGCUGCCGCUGGUGGCGACGCCGCUGGCGCGGCGUUUGCUGCAGAAGCUGCAGUGGGCCUACGAGGCGCAGCGGGGCGGCGUGAGGCCCCCCGUGCUGCUGCACGGAUUUCCGGGCAGCGGCAAAAGCUCUUAUGUUCGCUGGCUGGCCCAAAUGGCUGGCAUCAAGGAGCCCCCCGUGAGUUUAUUUCUGGACCAGCAGACGGAAGCAAAGGACCUCGUUGGGUCUUGGGUCUGCGGCCGCCGCGCGGGGGAGUUUGAGUGGCAAGAGGGCAUUUUGCUGCGCUGCGUGCGCGAGGGGCGUUGGGUGGUAAUAGAGCAGCUGCAGCAGCUGGCGCAGGACGUGCAUGCGCUGCUGCAUGCGUUGGCAGCAACGGGAGUUCUAACAGUUCACGAGCAGCAGCAGCAAAUCAAAGCUCACCCGAACUUCGCCCUCUUCGCAACGCUCGCUGCAGCGCCGCCUGUGCUGCGCCCGCGAGCUGGCCGCGCAGCAGCAGCAGCAGCAGCAGAAGCGGCAGCAGCAGCUGCAACGGAGGAGACGCUGGACGUCUCCUUGACAGCGCCGCCCCCCCGCCUGCCGCCGCUGCUGGCCUCUUGGGUGCUGCUGCAUGUGCCUUCUCCCUCAGCAGCAGAUGUUAUGCAAAUAGUGAAGACUGUGUUUCCCUUUGUUUCCCCCGCUGCCCACACGCUGCAGCGGGCCUUCCGUGCUGCAGCAGCAGCAGCAGCAGCAGGCCUCUCACGGCCGGGACAGCCGCCGCCCAGGGCCGUGCGGCUCCCGCAGCUGCGGGACUUCCUGAAGCUCUGCAGACGCCUCGACAAGCUCGCGAGAAGCAGCAGCAGCAGCAGCAGCAGCAUUUUUGAGGGCUACUUGACGGACGGUCUGAAGCUGCGCAUUGUGGAAGAAGGCGCAACUGUGCUGCUGGGUCACCUGAGUGACCGGCUGCUGCGGCUGCGUGCUGCUGCUGCCUUUGGCCGCGAGUGGGGUGUCAGUGAAGAACAAGUGGGGGCCCUUUUGUUUGGCCAGAGGCCCGCAGUCACUGACACGCCGGAGGCCCUAAGUGUGGGGCCUUACCUGUUGCCCAAGCUGCGCAGGCCGGAGCCCGCGGCCUGUGCAGCCCCCGAGGACGUCUUCGCCACAGCAGCGGCAGAGCCAGCAGCAGCAGCAGCAGCGGGGGAGCGCGCUGCUGCUGCUGCUGGCAUGGGAGGCUCGGGCUGGCUCACGGGGCAGCAGCUGCGGCUGGUGCAGCAGGCUGCGGGGGCCCUGCUGGCUGGAGAGCCGCUGCUGCUGGUGGGCGACACCGGCGCAGGCAAGACCUUCAUAGUGUCUUACUUGGCGCAGCAGCUGGGGGUGGGGUUGGUGGUGAUUAAUCUGCACCAGCAAAGUGAAGGGGAGGACUUGCUGGGCCGCUGGGUCCCCAGGCACCCCCCACAGGAGGCUACUGGGCUUUGGCGGCAGCUGCUGCACAUUGGCGAGCUCAUGCUGGGGCCCCUGGGCCAAGAAGGGCCCCCGCAGGGGCCCGAAGCAGGUGCAGCAGCAGCAGCAGCUGCUGCUGCUGCUGCUUCAGCUGCAGGUCGAAAAACAGGGAGGGAUGAGGAGGGGGAUGGCCCUCAGGCGAAAAGGCGAAAGCAACAAACUGAAACGGGCAACAGCAUUAUAGAUGCAUCUAGGCAAAUGCUGCUGCAGGCACGGAAAAUUGGUUCGCGGCUGCUGCAGCGGGAGGCAUAUGUGGCGCUGCUGCGGCUGGCAGCAGCAGCAAACACUGCCCUGCUGCAGCUGCUUAGGAAGCGAGGUGAUAUGCUGCCUGUCGUGCGGACUCCCCAGAAGCAGCAGCAGCUGCAGCAGCGUGUGACAGCAGGGGAGCUGCUGGCGAGCUGCACUGAGCUGCAAACUUCUGUGUCAGAUCUACUAGAAGAUCCAGCCCUGGCGGACUGCAGCGCAGCGACGCCUCGCAAGUUUGAGUCUUUGUUGGAUACAUGCGGGUUGAGGGGCUUCUUGCCCCAGAGCGGGGGCUGCGGAGCAGCAGCAGCACAGGGAGCAGCAGAAGAAGCAGCAGCAGCAGCCGGCGCAGAAGCAGCAGCAGCACACCCGAAACGCCGCUGUCAGCUGCACUUCGCCUUCACAGAGGGGCCACUUGUUGAAGCCGUGAGAACGGGGAAAUGGCUGCUGCUUGAUGAAAUCAACUUGGCUCCUCCCGACUUGCUGCAGCGGCUGCUGGGGCUGCUGGACGAGCCUGAGGAGCCGCUGCUGGUGCUGGAGGGCGGCAAGCCGCGCCGGGUGUACAGACACCCCAACUUCCGUGUCUUCGCCUGCAUGAACCCGCCCACCCUCGCGCCCCCUCUCCGACUCGCAGAACACAAGCUGGAGUUCGAAGACGAGAACGAACCGCCCUCUGCAGACGGCCCCGACCACCAGCAGCAGCAGCAGCACCAGCAGCAGAGGGGUAAGGCGGCGUCUGCAGAAGGGUCUGCGGCUGUGGGCAAGCGGGAGCUUCCGGCUGAAGUGCGGCAGCGGUUCACAGAGCUGUUUGUGGAUGACACAGACGGGCUAGAAGACAUAACCACAAUAGUGGAUGCGCACUUGCGGCAGUUGAGCGCCGACCCUCCCUCUCGCCUUGUGGCUGAGGUGUACAUACACCUGAGGUACUUGGCCGAGGCAGGGCAGAUCCUAGAUGGCAACAACAAAACUCCUUGCUACUCUCUGAGAACCCUGUCUAGAGCUUUACAGCACGCAGCAGCCGUGGCCCAGCGCCGGCUGCGCCCCCUGCAGCUACGUGCUGCACUAAAGGAGGGCUUUGCUGCUCUCUUCGGCUCUUCCCUGAGCCCCCACAGCGCCUCCAGGGUCGAAGAAGUCCUAGCCAAAGCGCUGAAGGAGCCGCGGCUGCAGAGGCUUGCAGGGGGUGCUUCAUGCAGUGUGGAGAGGGCAGCCUCACAAGCCGCAGGAGGUGUGGGAGCUGCUGCUCCGCCCCUGGAUCUGCAGCUGCUGCCCACGCCGUCUGACGAGCACCCACAUGUGUCCAUCGAGGGCUUUAUUGUGCGCAGGGGUAACGAGCCGAUAGCUGUAGAGACACUGAAGAAGAGUUUCGUAAUGACGCCGCGUUCUGCGGUGUACGUACGCCGUGUGGCUCGGCUGCUGAGCGGCAGCCGCUGUGCGUUGCUGCUGGAGGGCCCCACAUCUUGCGGGAAGACAUCUUUGGUGUCUUUUCUGGCUGCUGCUACUGGGCAUAAAUGCGUGAGAAUAAACAAUCACGAAAAUACUGACAUUCAGGAGUACGUUGGAAGCUACGCCCCAGACCAACACGGCAGACUUGUCUUCACAGAGGGGCUGCUGACUCUGGCGGUGCGCCACGGCUGGUGGGUUCUGAUUGACGAGCUGAACCUCGCGCCCUCCGAAGUCCUAGAGGCUCUCAACCGUCUCUUAGACAACAACCGCGAGCUGGUCUUGCCCACAACUGGCGAAGUCAUAAAAGCCCACAGCGACUUCCAGCUGUUCGGGACUCAGAAUCCAGCGGGCAUUGGGGUUUACGGGGGCCGCAAGAUGCUGAGCAAAGCUUUAGCCAAUCGUUUUUUGCAGCUGGAGAUUGAGGAGUUGGGCGAAGACGACCUCCGCCUCAUUCUCAUGAACAAAUGCAAACUCCCCUCUUCCAGGGCAGAGCCCAUGCUGCGCGUAUACAGGGACCUGCAGCAAAGAAGAGCCAACAGCUCAGUGUUUUUCGGCUCUCAUGGUUUCAUGACCAUCCGCGACUUAAUUAGGUGGGGACGGCGCGUCGGGAACUCUCCUUUCCAGGAGCUCCUUCAUAACCAACAGCAAAACCAGAAGCAGCAGCAGGAGCAGGAGACUCGUGAGUACGCACCCACGUCGCUUGAGGAGGUCGCGCUGGAGGGGUGGCUGCUUGUGGGUGAGCGGCUGCGCACUGAGGAAGAGAGGGCCACAGUGCGCCAGUCUUUAGAAAAACACUGUCUCAAUUCAACUCCAGCAAAGCCUAAACAGUUGCUUGUGGAUUAUGCAAGGGAUCCAUAUGUUGCUGCCUUCCGCCGGCUGCUGGACAGAAAGAUUGAGUGCUGCAUGCAGCAGCAGGCUGCGGCUGCUGCAGCUGCUGCGGAAGCAGCAGCUGCAGCACAGAGAGCGGCUGCGCUUGACGCUGGCCCGGAAAGGGAACUAUUGGAAGCCGAGGCUGCUGCAGCUGCCACAGAAGCAGCAGCUGCAGCAGCAGCUGCAGAGCUUCCCCCUUUCCUUCCGUUUUCCUUCAAUAAUGCCUCCUUCAGGUUGUUGGCCCUUACGCUGAGGGCCCUUGCAGCCUCUGAAAGUCUUCUUUUGAUUGGAGACACAGGGGCAGGCAAAACUGCCGUGUGCGAGUUAGUGGCGUGGACCCUGCGGCAGCAGCAGCAACCGCCGCAGCAGCAAGACCAGCAGCAGCAGCAGGAGGGCCAAGAGCUAGAAGACUUGCUUCGACAGCGUUUGUAUCCAAGUGGUAUGUAUGUCUACAACUGCCACUUGCAGAUGGAGGCAUCGGAGCUGUUGGGUUGUAUGACUCCGGUUCACCAAGGCGAGCUGCAGCAGCAGCAACAGCUUGCUGCUAUGGUGCAGACAGAGGUUCUUCGUAUGCUGGAACAGCCACCAGACCCAGACGAGCUGCUUCCUGACUGGAAGCAACGCGAGCAAUCUGCAGCAGCAGCAGCUGCUGGAGGUGCAGCCGCAACAGGGACAUCUGAAGCAGCAGGAGCAGACGAGAGGGACAGCUCGUCGCGUGAGCUGCUGCUGCGGUUCUAUGAACUGCUGCAGUCGGAAGCAGCAGAUGUGCUGAUCUGCUUGAGGGCCGAAAGAUACCGUAAAGAUGACAGUGCUGCAGCGGAUGAAGAAGAUGCCAGCCUUUUCUCGAGGGCCCUCAGCAGGGCCACCAAGAACGCUCAACAGCAGCUACUUAAAGAGACACAGGAAGCAGCAGCGGCAGCAGCUGAGAAAGAAACAGAACUGAGGGAGCAGCUUCAAACAGCUCAGCAAAAACUGCAGCAAAGGCAAUGCCUGCAGCAACACCAGCAACAGCUGCAGCAGCAGCAAGAUCAGCUGCAACGUGAGGAGCAGCAAAAGACCACGGACGACGGCGAUGCCAGCGAGACUAUGCAGCAGGAGCAGCAACAGCAGCUGCAGCAAGGGGGUACAGCAGCACGAAAACGACAACGCAAAGGGGUCAGAAAUCGUGCAGCAAAGGAAGCAGCUGGCGUUGCUGCUGCUGACUCUGAGCAAGUUGCAGAAGCAGCACAAAAGAGACGCCGAAAGGCAACAGAAAAUGUAGAGACCGCAGCAGCUUCAGCAUCAGUGGAGGCAGGAGAAGCACGAACAAAUUAUGUGGACAAGCAGCCUGCUGAGCCUGCAGCAGCAGCUCAUGCUGCUUCUGCCAGCGACGCUGGUGGUGAAGGAGCCGCCGCAGAGGCAGCAGCAGCAGCAGCAGUAAGUGCGGCGGAGGAAGAAGUAUCGUUGCGUGCAUCAGCCUGCGGUUCUGCUGCAGCAGCGCUCGCAGCUCGCGCUGCUGCUAGCGAGACUGCUGCUGCACUAGUAAACCGAUUCUGCGAGCUGCUGCGGCAGCGCUGUGCUGCGUGGCUGGCAGCAUGCAAGGGGACCCGCCGCCUGUUCUGCUGGCGAGAUGGACCAUUGGUCAGGGCCAUGCGCGAGGGGGCCCUUUUUCUUCUUGAUGAGGCCUCCCUAGGCCAAGACGCAGUUUUAGAGCGACUGAAUUCAGUGCUCGAGGAUGGGCGGCACCUGCUGCUGACAGAACAGGGGGCAGCAGGCGCAGCAGCAACGGGCGGAACAGCUGAUCGCGACGCAGAAGCAGCAACAGGGGCACCUGCAGAAGCAGCAUCGGCGGGGGUAGGCGUAGAAGCAGCUGCAGGCUUCCGCUUCAUUGCAACAAUGAACCCUGGAGGGGACUAUGGCAAGCGCGAGCUGUCUCCGGCAUUGCGCAACCGCCUGACGGAGGUGUAUGUACCUGCCUUCAGCUUCCAGGCCCCAGACGCUGUGCUGCUGCUGCUGCAGCGCCUCCAGCACACGUGUGUCCGCGGCCUGUGUCUGCCGCACGCAGCAGCAGCAGCUGCGGAAACCAGCGAAAAGAAGACGGGGGGUGUGACCCAAAUGCAGCAAGAAAUCACGUUGUUGUUGGAACAGCAGCAGCAGCAACAACAACGAGAAGGCAGCGCCGAGGACUUGCCUCUCAACUUACUGGCUGCGCGCCUGCUGCUGGUGCUGCGGUGGGUGAGACAGUACAUUAAGCAGCCGCUCUCGAUUCGUGAUGCAUUUUGCUGGAUUUGUUUUAUCCACAGGUUUGUAGCUUCCAAUCUGCGGCAACCAGCAGCAGCAGCAGCACGACCUGCUCCCGCAGCUGUAGCAGCAGCUGCUGCUCGGUGGGUGGUGCAGGGUUUCAUACAUGGGGGGUGCUUGCUGCUGCUGGAUGGCCUAGGUGUGGGGGCAGAGCUGCAGUUAUCGCAGCAGCAGCUUCAGGAGUUAGCGGAUGACUAUGUAAAUGCUGAGACAGACCUCAGCAAUGCGCAUGCUCCGCAUGCACCCCAGCAGCAGCAGCAGCAAGUGCAACAGCGGCUUCAGCUGCUCCAGAAACAACUGCAGCAGCAGCUCGAGGAAGCUGCGACGCAGCCACAGAGAAGGCCACAUAUAGGCAUUUUGCUGCUUCUAAAGGCGCAUGCUUGCCGCCUUUACCGCGAUCUUGGCCUCUACAGAUACAACGAACUGCCUCAGCAGCAGCAGCAACCCCAGCAGCAAGAUAUGACAGGCCCUUUUUGGGAGACGACGUGUUCUUCAUUUGAUGAAGACGGGUUUGCAUGGGUCUCUGCUGCUCUGACUGAUGAGAAACUAAGUGAAAAAGAAGCAGAGGCAGCGCUGGAAGUGGGUCCUUUCAGCCUUGCCGCUUUCAAGCAGGUGCAGCAGCAGCAAAAGCUGCGGCAGCAGCAGCCAAACGAGGAGGAGCUCCCGGAAGUCGUGAAGUCGCCGUCUGUAAGGAAGUCUCUAGGAAGGCUGCUGCGUUGCUUGCUGCUAAUCCAGCAGCAGCAGCAGCAGCAGUGCAAGCUGGCGUCAGGACUAGGAGGCCUCGGCAGCAGCUCCGGGCGGCACGCGGUGCUGUUGGAGGGACCCCCAGGGGCCGGCAAAACGUUUGUAGUGGGCCUUCUGGCCCGGCUGUGUGGACGGCGUCUUGUGCGAAUCAAUUUGAGUGAAGACACGGAGCUUGCAGACCUUUUAGGAGCUGUCGUCCCUAGCGCAGAAGUAGAAGAAAGCUGCGGGUCUGAGGGCUCCGCAGAGGCCGCCACGCAGCGACAGAAAAAGCCUCCUUUUGUGUGGACUGAUGGAGUGCUGACCCGCAACCUGCGUGCGGGCAAUUGGAUUUUGCUGGACGAGUUGAAUUUGGCGCCGCAGCAGACGCUGGAGGGCCUAAACCCGCUGCUGGACCACAGGCGCUGUGUGUACUUGCCGACCCCAGAGGAUCCUCUCAGUACCAAGAACAGAGACGCAGCAAACAAAGACGCAGCAGCAAAAGCUGGAGGGACAGAAGCAGCAGUAGCUGGAGGGGAAGCAAACAAGGGAGCUGCUGUCUAUGCACCUCCAGGAUUUGUUCUCUUCGCCACGCAGAACCCUCACGCGACAACAGCAGCUGCUGGCGUUCAGACAAGACGGACAAGUGCAAGUAACAACAAAUGCGUUAUGGAAGAUGAUGAGGAAGAGACUGUUGCAGAUUUGUUGCGUCUCCUUGGACUGCCGGAGAGCCUCGACGGCACAGCCUUUAAACGGCACAGCAGCAGCAGCGGCAGCAGCAGCAGUGGCGGCAGCAGCAGGCCCUGCAGCAAAGCUGUGGAAGGCAGGAAAGGCCUUCCUCAGUCACUUUUAAAUCGCUUUUGUAGAGUGCGCGUCGAUGAAAUGCUCGAGUCGGACAUGAUCGCCAUUGCUCACAAGCUCCUAACCUGUCUGCAGAGCAAACGGGAGCAGCAGGAAGAGCGGCAGCAACAUCAGGGACAGCAACAGCUUCGGCAGAAGCAACGGGAGGAACAGCAACAGCUUCCAAAGGAAGGGACGCGUGAAUCGGCUCUGGCUCUUGCUAAGGAGCCCCAGCUGGGGCUGCUGCUAAGUACAUGCUUUGUGCGCUGUGUUCGUUUAUUGGGGCAGCUGGCCUUAGAAAGACCUUUUCAGGGCCUGGGCGAUUCCGUCUUCAACUUGAGAGACGUUAUGCGGGUUGUCAGGCUUUUCGCAAAUAAACUGCCCUCAGCAGACCCGCGGUCUGCUGCGGCUGUGGCGUUGCUCUCGCGAUUGAGGAUUUCAGACAAUGUGCAAGCAGCGGCUUCUGUGCUGCUGCUCUGCUUCCCGCCGCGGCUGAUGGAGCUGCUGCAGGCGCGCAGGCAGCAGCAACAGCAACAGCAACAGGAGGAGUUCCCCAUAGACGCUGUUGCUGCGCUGCUGUGCCCAGCAGUGGCGCCCGUAGCCGUGCUGCGCUCAGUGCAGCCGCAGCUGCUGACAGCUAGCAACAAGCUUUCACAUCUGGCCGGAGGGCAGCAGCCUCUUGAUUUAUUCGUAAGAGGUGCAACUGUUUCUCUUGGAAACAUGGUGCUGACUCAGCUCUCCCAGCCUGCUGAAGAUCCGCAGCAGCAGCAGCAGCACCCGAAGCAGCACAAGUUAGCCAGCGGGCUGCUGCUGCACUCACAAAGAUCUUGCGUGUCAGCAGUGGCAACAGCCUUGGCAGCUAACUUUCCAGUGCUGCUGACUGGAGAGAGAGGCGGAGGGAAAAGCAGCAUUGUGCGGUGGCUGGCUGCAGCAUGGGGCUCUGAGCUGUGCGAGGUGCAGCUGGCGCCUUCAGUAGACACUUCAGACUUGCUUGGAGUGUACAGACAGAUACAGCCGAAGCACAGACUUCUUCAGGCAGCUCGAGCAGCAGACGAAGUAGCAGAGGCGCUUCAACGACAGCUAUGCCGAAACACGGUAUCGACACGAAUGCAACAGCAGCAGCAACAACGGGGGCAGGAGCAGCAGUGCAGGAAUGGCAGUGGUGGAGAUCUGGCGAAGCAACUUGAAGAUCUUCGAGCUGCUGCUGCUGCUGCAAAAGAGAAACUGGUGGAGGCAGUGGACGCAGAGGCUGCUGCCUGUACCACAGAGGACGCGCCAAGAGCAGCUCCUGAAGCACAGCAGCAGCAGCAGCAACUGCAACAGCGGCUUGCUGAGGAGACUGCAGCACUGCUGAAAGCGUGCGAAAAGGCUGCGACCACUCUCUGCAGUGGGCUGUCUGGUGACAACUCACCAGCAGCAGCAACGACGGCAGACUUUGCUGCUGUACAGCGGCGUCGCCAGCAGCGAGCUUGGCGGCUUCUCUUUCAGGGCUGCACCCUCGCCGGCUUGGCGCACGUUUUGGAAUCGGUUUCCUCAUCCUCUGCUGCCGCUGCUGCUGCUGCUGCUGCAUGUUCCCAAGAAGAAAUGAGUCAGUUUGAGUGGGUGGACAGCGCCCUGGUUGCUGCUGUUCGUAAGGGGCAGUGGCUGCUGCUGCGAGAUGCCCACCUGUGCAGUGCCUCUGUCCUGGACAGGCUCAAUGCGCUGCUAGAGGACGGGGGGUCCCUUCUGUUGACUGAAGGUGGAGCUCCAAGAGAAGUCAAAAGGCACCCCAACUUCCGCAUUCUGCUGACAGCAGAGGCAGCCAACACGCACCUCUUAUCUGCAGCACUGAGAAACAGGUGCUGCGAGAUCUACGUCCAUCCCCCAGGCACAGCAGCAGCAGGAGCUCCUGCUGCUGUGGCUGCAGAGCUGCAGUCCCGAGCUGCGUCCGCGGCCACAGCAAAAAGCAGUGGAGCAAAAGAUAGACCAGGCGAGGCGACAGAGUUGAGCGCAGCAGCAGUGCCAGGGGCACGGCAGCCGCUGCUUCUCCAGGGGCUGACUGAGCAACUUCUGCAGAACCUUGCAGCUCUUCUGAAGGGCUGCGGGACUCCAAAAGCAGCAGAAUCAAGUGAAAAAUGUGCCCUUCACUUGCUGCUUUCUCGAUGGUCUUAUGCAUUGUUUGACUCAGAGCUAACUGCAGAUGGAGUGGAGGAUACAGAGGUUACAAAAGCUGCUGCAACUCUGCAGGUCGCAGGAGCGUUCGUGUCAUUUUGUCUCAACAGCGCCCAACUUCCCGCCAGCACCGGCGUGAGCAGCACUGAGAGUACUUAUAGCAGCAGAAGCUUCAACCCAAGGCUCUGUCCGCUUCUGCUGCAGGACAGCUAUCGUCUUAUUCUGGCAGGAGAUGCAGGGUACCUUCCCGCGGCUGCUGCAGAAGUGAUGGCCCUGCAGCACACAGCAAUGCAGCUGCUGCUGCAGCUGCUUGGUGACGAAGCUGCAUUGUCGCUUUUUGCACAGCGUCUCCAGAGCUUUUUGUCUGACAAUCCGCAACCCCACCAAGCGGAUGCGGAGAACCAGCAGCAGCAGGAGCUGAAGCAGCGACUGCAGCAGCAAGUUGUCAAGGAUCUGCAGAGCCUUAAAGACACUUUGGGGGCUGAUGCUGUUGCUGUCGGAUUUGCAGGGCUGCAGCGCCUCGCACGCGGAGUCGCAGCAAAGAGCGGCAAAGAUGCAACAGCAGCAGCGGCAGCAAGCUGGAGAUGCCUGCAAGGAUGGGGCAGCGCCUACGCUGCUUCCCAAGCCCAAACUGCUUCUAAUAGAAAGCCUGAAGCAGCAGCAGCAGCCGCACAGCUAGGAUCAGCGCGGGACCGUGAAAUAUGCUUAGACAACCUGUUUCAGUGUUUCCUGUGGCAGUACACGGCAGCUCUCGACUCCUCAGCCACCUGGCGGUUGUUGCUGCUGCACAUGCUUGCCGCAUGCUGCUGCUGCUGUUCGCCUUCUGCCUCUGAGGAAGCAGUCCGGUCAUCAUGCGCAAUUCAGGAGAUAAAACACCGCAGCAGCAGAUGCGGACACAAGGGGCUGUUGCAGAGCAGCGACUGGGAGAUCCUGCGCGGGGCCGUAGAACGACACCUGCUGCACCAGCAGUGCAGCGGCCACAGCUGCAACAGCAUUGGCGGUGCAAUCUUAUGGGCAUCCGUUGCAUGCGAAGUUUCUUUCGUGGAAAGUGUGUUUGCUGUUUGUGCUGAGAAGGCCGAUGAAGGGCUGCUGCUGCUGGCUGCUGCUCUGCGCCUCUUUUUGUGGGGAGCAACUGACGACAAGGAUCUCUUGCAGCGUGUGCAAGUACUCGAGCAGAUGCAGAAGCAGCAGCAGCGGGGUGGGCCUGCUGCGCAGUAUCUUGAAGCUGCAUGCAGCGCCUUACAUGACGUUGCAGAGGAGCCUGUUCUUCUGCCUGCAGCGGCGGCAGACGCAGCAGCAGCAGAAGCAGCAGAAACAGGCGGUAGUGCUGUUGCCCAUCUCCAUGGUCAGUCUCUGCUAUAUGCAGCGGGGCGCCUGCUAGAAACAAACUGGGCCCCUAUCCGGUCUACGCGAUUCCUCAUAAAGGACAGUAGUGAUGUGCAAGAGCAGCAACAGCAGCAGCUGCGCCAGUUAUUGCUCCAGGAUCUCAUAUAUUUGCAGCGCGUGGAGUGCAUGGCUAUGCUGCUGCCUCGGCGGUUGCUGCUGCUGAAUACGCGAGUGAGCAGCAGCACGGCUGCAGCAAGGAAGUGCCCGUGCUGCAGUUUGAAAGGACUGGAGGCUUCUUGGUGUCUUUUAUUUGCAUGCGUCGGCUCGGCAGAUCAGGAGGAGGCGUUAAUGCAAUCUGAAGAAGCCAACGCAACUGCUGCAAAGGUAAUGCGCCAUCUGUUUGACGGCCUUAGGCAACUGGCAAGCCCCACUUUGACAGCAGCAGCCGGCAUCCUGCGUGCGCGGCUGGCCACUGCAGCAGAACCUGCUGAUGCUGCUACCGUGGCUCUGUUUAGUGGGCUAAAGGAACAGUGCAGACAUCUUGCGCGCUGUUUCAGCGCCUGGGUGGCUCUUCUCCAGUUGUUCUCCCUUCCGCUCUGUGGGCGGUGCCAGCAUAUAGGCGAAGCAACGCCGCAUAGCACCAGCAGCAGUAACAGCAGCGACGGCAGCAAAUGGAGACCGCUGCCUGGGCCUCGCGAUAAGAUGCGGAAGCUGCUGGAGGCUCUUGGAGCGUCAGUGUCUCUCCGGAUUGAUAUGUUCGUAGAGAGCCUGCAUGCAUUUGUGGCGGCAAAUGACUCUGCUUCUUCCGCAAUUAGAGACCUCAGGGGACACCAGGACUUAAAGUCAGCUGCGGCCGCAGAAGCAACGGCAGAGUUUAUUGCUGCUGAACUUAUUUCGCCUUUACAGCUUAUGCAGGGAAAAUUCACCUGUGCAAGCGGCUCUAUAGGCCUGCCGGUUUUGGCAGAGGAAGCAGAAAAUGAUUUGUUGCAGCCGUUUGAGAAACAGCCGCAGCAGCUUUCACUGCAGCAGCAAGGCCCCGUAAAGGUGCGAGCACCAGGUGGGCUAUGGGGCACAGACUUGCAAGGUGCUACUUGGCCCAGCAGCAGGUGGAAGUGUCUGGUGCCUGUCCAGCUGGGGCAGCACGAGGCCCGAACUGUUCAGGGUUGGCUGCUGCGCGAGUUGCUCAAUGCAGCAGUUCUUCGCUUUUCUUUAUCUGUGGAUUCCGCAACAGCAGCGGCAGAGGCAGCAAGCCUAGCAGCUGCAGAAGCAGCCGGUUCGACAAGUCAGAGUAUGUCCGUGAUAACUGGAGAGCAGCAAGGAGCUUUGCUGUUUCGCCGGUUUACAUGCACAGCCCCUUCUUUAGGCCUAGCUGUCGACUUGCUGUUGCACACAGGAAGCCCUUCAGAAGGCGGCAUCGUUCAGGACGCCUCAGAAGAAGAGCAGCUGCAGCAGCAGCAGCGGCUGCCACAGCCGCGUGCGCUCCUGCUGCAUGCGUCUGCGCUGCACGCGCUGCUGCUGAGCAGCUCCUUACUGCGAGCUGAAGGCCGCACGGAGGCAGCAGAGCGACUAGAGACUCGAGUCUGUGAUGCGCUGUUACCUUCGUACGAGCCAAAGACAGCAGUGACUGCUGCUGCUGCUGCUGCUGCUUCGCCUUUGCUGGUGACCAAGAGACAACGCAGAGCCGCAGCUCUGCGUGCAGCAGCUGCUGCAUUGGGGCUGCUUGACAGCCGUCAUCAUCACUGGGCUUGUCUUAGCAGCACGUCCAUGGUCUCAGUCAGUCUGCUGCAGGCGGAGUUAGCAGCUGCUGGCGCAGUUCUGCUGGGGCUGCAGCAAGCAGGGGAGUUGCUGCUUCUGCAUCUGUGUAUGUCCUCAAACGCUCAUAGUAAUGACGCUUCUAUUGCUGCUGAGCUCCCUAGCCAUGUUGCUGCUGCAGCGCUGGGCUCGGCGUUGCAAAAUGCUGUGCAGAUGCAGCUACAGCAGCAGCAGCAGGAGCUUCUGCCUGUUUUUUCUAUUCCAGCUGCGGCCAUCUCGGCUCUACAUUUUGGAGAUGCGUCAGGUGCAUGCAGCAACUCUUCUAUGGCAGUACCGGUACCUCCGUCUCUACUGGAAGCACCCGCCGUCUUCACAGCCAGCGUCUGGGAGCAGCAGCAGCAGCAGCGAGUGCCCACGAAGCAGCAAUCCGGUGACAGCAUGCAGCAGCAUGCCUCUCAUUUUAUUGCAUGCGCCGCUGUAGAGGUUCUGUCUUUGAUGUGGCGGACGGAACUGGACAUGCAGUGCAACGAUGCAUUCGGCCUGAGACGUGUGCUGCACCUGCAGCAGCAGCUUCAAGAUCUGAGUCCAGCUGGGAAAGAAGCAGCAACUGGGCUAAAUGCAGCAGCAGCGGCAGCACUAGCGACAGGUGCAGGGUUAGAACAUUCCGUGGCUUUGCUGCCCUCGCAGGCUUUGGCUCGUCUUGCAGAAGUAGCUGGCGGAAUGCGGGGUGCAGCAGCUGCAGCAGCAGCAGAUGCCCAUCGCGCUGCCUCGGGACCCCGGGUAGGGCGCAGGCACCUGCGAGUGGGUCUUCUUGAGACGAUGGCUGGGGAGAGCGCUUGCACGUGCACUGCACGAAUUGUUCUUGAAGUGCAAGAGCACGCGACUGUCUCUUCAGCAGCAGGUUGUUUCGUUGUGCUGCAGCGGCUGCGGCGGCAGCUACAGCGCAGAGACAGGCAUAGCAGAGGCACAGACAGGCUACUGUCGGUAGGUGCCUCAAACGAGACAUUGAAAGAACUAGACAAGAAAGAGCUGGCACUGGAUAUUAGAAAGGAUUGUCCUGCAGCAGCAACGGCAGCUGCUGCUGCGCAGUGGGCAGCAGUGUUCGGUUUCGCUGCAGCGCUUUGGUCAUUCUGUUCCUGCUUUAGCAGCAGCGGAGACGCUAGGGAAAGAAACAUCGGGAAGAAACUGUCUAGGGAGGCAAAACAGGAACCUGAGGACAGCAGCGGAGAUAGUGAAGACACAAAGGCUGCUUUGCAUGCAAUUAGAGAAGCUUGGUGUGGACUUGCGGGGUUGCUGAGGGGCGGGGCGGCUGUGGAUGUUUCAGCGGCAGCAGCAAGCUCGAAAGCCGCUGCAGCAAAGCUGCGCGCAGUCGUUAAGCGUAUGAAUGAUAGAUUGGAGACUGCAACAGAGGGACCAUCAUCUGCUCUUGCCACUGCUGAGCAAAGAGAAGCAGCAACAAGAGCGCGCAGCUUGGAUGCCGGUCGAAGCGCGCUUGCCGCUCUGCUGCUUCUUGUGCAGCUGCUAGAGGACUGCGCAGCAGCAAAAGACCCCUUGGUGCUGCUGCAGGGCAGCGCUGGCAAACGUCGGCGGGGCCUGCUGCUGCUGGUGCUUGGCAGGUGGGCAGUGCUCACUGCAGCAGCAACCGCUGCAGACCUUCUGCAGCAGCGACGGGACGUUGUCGCGUGGCGCAGCGCUGUUGAGGCAGAAUCUGAAAACUAUGAGCUGGAGAGAGAGGCGCUGCUUCUGCGGGCCGCGGCACUGGAUGGCAACGUUGACUUGCCCUUGGGCAUAGGGGGAGGUACCUCCGUUUCUAUAGCUCUUGCUGCUGAGGCGGAAACGCAUGUUGCUGCACUUCAGCAGCUGCUGCAGCAGUCUAGCAAUGCAGAUAGUUUGCUACAGCAAAUAUCGCGCUUGCUGCCCGUCCAUGCUUCAGAUAUCCCAGCAGACGUCGCCCGGCGCCUGACGUCACAGCUGCUGCCGUCAGCAGCAGCUGCAGCCGCAGCAGCAGACGCAGAAGCAGUCGAAAGUGACAAAACAGCUGCUGCACAGCAGCAGGCGCUGGAGCGCAUUAGCCGCAAGUGUGUAGUGGAAGUGCCACCCGAGGUAGCACUAGCCAGCUGGCUCGAGGACCUUCUUGAAUUCGUGCGAAGCACGCUGGAGGCAAAAACCUUGAUCUCCCUGCUGCCUGAGUUGGAGCCGCUGCUGCGUGAGGAGGACUGCGCCGGGGCAAAUGGCAGGGCCGAAGUGUCUUCUGCUGCAUCAGCUUUAAGGACAGCAGCAGAAGCAGCUGCUGCGUGCAGCAGCAGACUCGCUGCAUCACACCCCUUCCUCAUUGCUCCUGCUGUUCGAACAGCAACGACGGGUCUCUGGGCAGUUGCGAAGGGCUUUUUAGACACUGCAGUGGCUACAGAGGAGCUACCCCCGCCACAGCAUGCAGAGCAACAGCAGCUAAAAGUGCAGCAACAGCUGCUGCCGUUGCCUGCUGUGGCUGAGCUGCUACAGCGAACAGCCGCGUUUCCAGCUAUGCCUUUUGCUGCGAUGACGGCGGCCAGUGUCAGUGAGGGGACGAGCGUACUGCAACCGAUGCAGCGAGCUCAGUGGCUUCUUUUGUGGUUGUGUGCCGAAGCAGCAGGAGCUGCAGCAGGAGCUGCAGCAGGAGCUGCAGCGGGAGAUGCAGGAGCCACGAAGAAAGCCGUAAAAACAACAGCAAGCACCAGCAAUAAUCUCUCAUUGUGCUUCGCCGCUGCACGCGGGUCCCUCGCGCUGUUGCUGCAAGAGAUAUCACAGCGGCACUUGGCCUGGAGGCGGCAGCAGGAGAUCGCUGCAGAUGAAACAGCCACGCUGCUGCAGCGCCUUGAGGGCCUCGUGAUUGACCGUGCAGCAGCAGCAGCAGCAGGUAAGAGCAGAGGCGAUGCAGAGGCGGCACAGGAACUUUUCCCCUGCAGCGCAGAAUGGAGGAGAAAUGAGCAGCAGCAAGACCAGCUAGAGCUGCAGCAAGAGGAAACGGACCAAGAUCGCACGCAGUACACGUCAUGGUGUAGUCAGAACGUCGCUUACAGAGAGGAAGAAGGAAGUCUAAGGGAGAAGCAGCAGCAGCAGCUCGCGCUGCAGCAGCUGGAGGGCCUUACCGAGGCGGACCUGCUGCAUCUGUGGGGCCGCGCUGUUGAAACAGCCUUUGCCUGGAGUGGCAGCAGCAGCAGCAGCAGCGGCCCACGAGAAGUCGACGGCGAGCUUGCAGCAACAACAGCAUACCGCGAGGCACUGACUGGCUCGUUCUGCACUUUGCUGCAUCUAUACAACGCGGGAGCAGCCGCAAUUCCCGCGAGAGGCCCCGAAGCUUAUACAAAAGCAGGCCAAGUGGCGGCGCCCCCGGAGCUAGAUGGGCUCUGCGCGCCUUAUAUGCAUGCGCUUUUGUCGCAAACUGCUGCGUACCUCAUAGGUGCCUCGCCACGUCAGCAGCAGCAGCAGGAACAGCAGCUGAAGCAGCUGCUGCUGCAGGAUGAAGAGGCAACAUCGGAAGCGCAGCAGCAGAGUGAAGACCCAGAGGCUUCCGAGAAAAGCGAAGAGGCGAAUGACGUCGAGCAGCAGUUGCAGCAGGAAAGGCUACAGCAGCAACGGGAGCGCGCCCGCAAAAUGCGUUUCGCGCAGUUGUGCCGCAGCAUUACAUCGGCAAGUGGCAGCAGCAGCAAGAGCGGGAGCACUGCGGCUGCAGCAAGCUCGUUUUAUGCUCCCGGGAACCCUGUGCUGCUGCAGCCUAUGAGUCGUGCUGUGCAGCAGUUCCAGGAAGCGUCUGUCGCUUUCACUGCAGUAGUAGAAGACCACCCUGUUUUGCAGGGGGUGCUGCUGAUAUCGCAGCGGGUUGCUUCUCUGAGCCUCCUAAACACUUCUCCCGCCGACGCGCUGGCGGCCCUCGAGGGCCUCCUAGACAGAGCCACAGCCUGGCAGAAGGCCAUAGACAGGCACCACUUGGCCCACCUCAUAGCUGUGCAUCUGCGGCUGCCUGCUACUGCUGAGGCGACGACGGAGCCGCUGCAGGGAGCGCCGCAGGAGGGAGUCGCGGGGGAUGAUUCGAAAUGUGAGGCCCAGAGCGGGGGCCAGAGGAGCAAAGAGCUUUCAAGCGCCCGUGCGGCGUUUCAGCAGCAGCAGCGGGCAGCAAUGCAAGAAGCAGAGAGGCUGCUGCAGCGAUUUGACCUCGCAGUGCUGGCUGUGGAGAGACAGGUGCUGCUGCUGCGUCGCCGCCAGCUGCUGGAGUGGCGCUUCUUGAGAGAAUUCAGGGAACAGCGCAUGCUACAGCAGAGUCUCCACUUCGCGCCGUUCUUAUGGAGUUUGCUGCCAGAUGAUGGAGACCCUGCUCAGCCACCUCGCGAGGCACAAGCAGCAGCAGCAGCAAAAGCUGCCGCUGCUUUUGCUGCAGGUGCAGUCCCUGGGGGUGACCCAGGCUCACAGAGUCUGGCUGGUGCUGUCAUGCUGCAGUUAAUCCACAGCGCUCCCACAGCUGUAACAGAUGUGCUAGUACAAUUUUUGCGGACUUCUCCUUUGGGGCAGUUUGAGGGACGACUGAGAUGCCUCGAAGCGGCUAGUUGUUGCAGACGCUUGCUGCAGCAUCAGCAGCAGCAGCAGCAAGGGGCCACUACUGGUUCGGGACCUAUAAGCAAAAUGAGAGAGGCAGACAUACUGCAGGGUGAAGCUGCCUCUAGAGAGUCAUGUGGAGCAGAGGUGGUGACUGUCGCUAUGGCUGCUGUUGCUAGGUUUGCUGUUGCUUCGGGGUGGCGGCGCGCAGUGCAGCAGCAGCUGCAGGAAGGCCGGAAGGAGAUGGACACUGCGAUGAGCACUUUGGCAUCUCUUGCGCGCUGGGACAUUUCCAACAGAGCCACAAUGAAAGAAUCCGUCCAUAGGACUCACGUACAGCUUGCCAAACAUAUUCGCAACUUUGACAGCUGCCUACAACAGUUGAUGCAGGCAGCCACAGGACCUUCUCAAGCCCGUUUGCAGACACAGCUCGUUUCUGCUGUGCUGUCCUUGCCUGUGGAGUCACCCUUGACUGCUGCGCGGCUGGCGGCGGAGAAGAAAGCAGGUCUUCCAAGCAAAAGCAGCGCGCAGUCUGCUUCUUCACCAGCAGCAGUGUCAUCAUCAGCAGCAGCAGAGGGAGCAGCAGCAGCCGCAGCAGCAGCAGUUGUGCAGGUAUUCUUAAAAAGCUGUUUGGGUCUGACUGAUACGGAUGCUGUGGAGGCAGCACCGGUGCGAGAUCUGCAUGCAUUCAGCAGCGAAUCGUCAAGUGCAGCAGAAGUGGCGCUUGACGUGCAAGCGUUUUGCCAGGAGUUUGCUGCUUCUAUAAAGGAGGCUCAUGCAGCAUCUACAGCAGCAGCAGCCUCGGAGCAGCAAGAAGGUCAGCCCCAGUCUGAGGCUCCAGCAGCAACCUCAUCAAAACCAAAAAAGAUCACACGACAGCAAAUGCUUAGACAGUUUACAUACUUCCGGUCGAUGCUGCGCAACGACCUUAAGUUGCCAUGUCUCCCAAUGUGCGGGAACGCGCGGGGCCUCUUCGCUGCAGCCCUGAACGACGACAGCGGCCUGCCGGGCCCCCCGGGCGCCCCCCAUCCGCUGCAGCACGCAGCUUCUCUGCAGCAACACGACACGGCGGCCCGGGCAGCAGCAACAUUAAAGCGCGUGAAAGGGGGCGAGGCAGGCAUGGCUAGCUGGUCAGCAAAAGCCGAGACUGCAGCGGGCACUCCGAAAUCUGUCGGAGACCUCCUAGGCGACACAUGGUCAUCUGCUGCGCAGCAGUGGUAUUUGACGUUGCAGACGCUGCUGCAGUGUCAGGAGCAUUCUUCACCACACAAGGACGUGGCGGCUUACCGUGACUGCUUAUUGGGUUUUGCUGCUGCGCUGCUAUUGCAUGCGCUGCAACAGCGGAGACGCUGCUGGCAGGCCGCGGCGGAGUUUCAGGAGCUGGCGGAUGCCGCCGCUGUCUCAUUGGCGGCUCCUUCUGUCUCAGUCCCUGCUGAUGCAGCUGCUGCUCUACUGGAAGCAGCAGAGACGCUGAAGGAGGGUCUAAGGCAGGCCCGUGCAGUACUGCCAACUGUACACGAAGCAGCCGUGCAGAAUGACGCGCUUGAAAUUGCCUUCGCCGUUCCCGACGCCUCUGCAGCUACUUCGGGCAUUCGUGGGGCUGCUGCAGGCGCCCUCGGAGUUCCUGGUGAAGCUGGUGCCGCUGCAGCUUCAGCUGUUGCUGCUGCAGCAGUGGAAGCAGACGAGAAGCGGACACUGCGGCAUGACGUGGAGCAUGUACGCAGGGCGAGAAACGUAAUGACCAAGGCACUGCAGGAGUUGGAGAAGCUACAGCAGCUGCUACGGGACACUCCCGAGGCGAGGCGUCUUGCUGUAACUCGAAGAGAUACUUCACCAGAGGAGCUGCAGCCCUCAAGUGCGCUUAUGCGCGUGCGAGUCCAGUGGCUGGAGGGCAUUAGGGCUGCAUGCACUGCGGCAGUGGAGCCCGUGAAAUCAGCGGCGGGCCUGAAAGGCAAGGGGGAAGAUGCCGAUGUGCUAUCAGAUAUACUGCCAUCACAUGCAGCAGCAGGUCUUCGAAAGGCAUGUACUGCGCUGCAGGCGAGGCAUGCUGCUCUUGCUGACGCAGCUGCACUAGCUGCUUCUCAGGAAAAAACAAAAAGCAAAAACAGGAGGCUGGCUGCAACGCUUGAAGCACUUCGCAAGUCCCUUAAACGAUGCGGAGGACAGGCCUCGCAGGGCCAGCAAAUCGACAGUCUUAUCCAAAUUCGCAGCAGAAGUGCUGGAGACAUGCUGCCGUUGUAUCAAGACGAGAAAGAGUUGCAGCAGCCUGUGUUUGAUAGCCUGCCCUUGCCCCCCCUCGAUUGUCUGUUUCCCUUCAAAACCUGCACUGCUGCAGUUGAUGCAUUCGGCACUGCAGCGCCGGCGUAUCUCUCUUGCCCGCUGCUGCAGCGUGGGGCUGCUGCUGGCGCUGCAGCAGCAGCAACUACAGCGGCGGCUGCCAGAGGCGUCGCGUUGCAGAUGCUGCAGCGGGCUGCUGCUGUCCUGUUGUCCGCCUUCGAUGCUCUGGAAGGAACAACUCGGCUAUGCCUGAGUUUUGUGCAGCUGCUACUAGUGCUGCUGGAUAUUGGAUUUGGGCGUUUGAGUAACGAAGAGGAGGCAGCAGCAUCUGAAGCAGCAAGGCCACAGAAGCAAAAGAAUGUAUUGGAAUCAGGUACAGGACUGGGGGAGGGAGAUGCACUCCGGGACGCUGAAGAACCUCCCCAAGAUGAGUGGCAAUUCGACGGUCUUAAAGAUGAAAAGGCAGACCCUCACCAGAAACCUCCCGAAAAGCCGAAGACAGACGAGGAGGACAAGGCGCUGGAGGUCUCGAUGGACUUCGAAGGAGAGUUGGAGACCCUGCCGCCGAAACAAGACGGAGAUAAGGAGCAGGAACAGAAGCAGGGGGAGGAGCAAGUGGAAUCGGUUGCGGGGCACGUGGACUUGGAAGAAGGGGGCAAGCUGGAAGACAAGAGAUGGAUGGGAGAGGACAAUUCGGAUGACGAAGCAGAUGGAGACAAAGACAAAAACACGCCACAGAAAGAAAAAAUAAAGACUGAAGGAGGAACAGGGCUAGGGGAAACUGAAUUGGAGGCUGCGGAGGACCCCACCGACGAGUCCGCCAGCAAUGACACAGACCCAACAGACAACCAACAAAAGAAGCAGCAGCAGCAGCAGCAAGAGGGAGACGAUGGAGGUGAAUUGGUGGACCCCACAGCAGACGCGAAAAAGGAAGAAGAGCAGCAGAAGCAACCUGUUUACCACCAGAAGCUGCGAGGCCGCGAUCUUGGGACAGAAGAGGAGUUAGAUGGUGAUGCGGAGGAGGAGGGGGCUGGAGAUGAACCCACGGAAGAGACACAAGACACAGGUGACGCAGCCGAUGAAGACGGGUGCGACCAGGACGAGCAGCAGCAAGAGCAGCAGAAGGUCACGGGGGAAGGCGCUGCAGAGGGAUGGGGAGAUGACAUGCAACUUGACGAAGGGACCCUUGACGAGGAAGGUGAAGAGGGGGAAAACGGUGGUGACUCUCCUGGGGAGGAUAUGGGGACCCAAGAGGAAACAGGUGAUGCAGCAAACCAGGAAGAUAGUGCUGCAGCUGAUGCAGCAGAAGGCAGCAGCAGCACGGGGGAUGACGCAGCGGCCAAUGACGAGGCAGCAACAGACCAGCCGGAGGCACAAGAGCAGCAGACAAGGGACCCACAGCAGCAGCAACAGGAAAACUUAGACGACGAAAAUGCUCCAGAGGGAGAAGACAACAAGGAUGCUCCCGACGCAGGCACGUCGGAGGUACCUGAAACAACUGAGGACACAGAGGAUAUGGAGACAGGAGAAGCAGAAGAGAAAGGAGGAGACGGAGAGGGGCCUCAGCAUGAUCCAUCAAAAGAGGGUCUUGCUGCGCCUCUAGAAGCGGAGCCGCCAGCAGAUUCUUCAGAGCCCCAAAAGCCACCGAAGCCAGAACAGGACAAAGAGCGGAUGGCCUUCGGUAUAGAAGGCGAAGGCAGCCUUGUGCAGCGCGAAGCAAUGAAAGAGGAUGAAGACAACGGAUUCGAUGUUGGGAACAAUGCUGAGGACAACUGGGAUCGUGGAGGAGCAGCGGAUGCUGCUGCUGCAGGAGCAGCAGGCGGCUCCUUGAGUCGCAGCAGUGCAGCCGACGGUCUGCAACGACAAGAAAAGUCGCAGGCAGCACGCGAGCAGCCCAGUAUGAUGCCAAACAACCCUCUGAAUGACGACAGCGCAGUGGAGCGGUGGCUCCAGCAAGUGCAUUUGCUGCAGCAGCAAGAGCACGAGCAGCAAGGGGAGGAGGAAGGAGAGGCGCCUGUGAGCCUCGAGGGCGAUGCAGCAGAAGAGAAAGCGCAGAUCGAAAAUGAUUUGCGGCGGGGACAGCUCUGUGCUCAAGACAACGCCGCGGGGACCCAUGAGGCCUUUGCAGAGACAACAGAAACACAAGCAAACCAGCAGCCGCCCGAAGCCAAACUGGCAGAAACGGACAGCAAGGAAGAGGAAGAGGGCAGAGAGAAAAAUCUAGACGAAAUGGAGCACGGUGAGAAGCUGCUGUCUACAACUGCCACGGCUGAUCCGCUAAAGACCCAGCAGGAGGAAAAGCCCGAAGAGCUGCCUGUGCAGCCUGAGGGGGACAACGCCGAAGCAAUGGAGACAGACAACUUGGACACAACGGAGACAGAUUCCCAAGGGGAGGCUUCUGAAGAACUGUUUCAGCGACUUAGUGGUCCGCCGCAGACAGACAGCGCAACAGAUGGCGCCUGGGAGCAGCAGCAGCAGCAGCAGACACAGCCGCCGCAGGGCCAGCAGCGACAGGGUCACGAGGCUGAAGAGGAUGAGGAGAAGAGAUUGGAAAAAAUGGAGACCGAUUUCAAUGGGAGACUGUCUCUUGAUAAUGUUGGAAAGGAGGGACUCUCUCCUGAGCAUGCAGCAGCUCUUUGGCAUCUACUGGAGCGCCGCACAGCGACUGCUGCUGUGGCCCUCAGCGAGUCGCUGCGUCUCGUACUGCAGCCCACAGCAAAUGGGGCCUGGGAGGGGGGCUACAGAACAGGCAAAAAACUGAGCCUAAGGCGGGUGCUGGCUUACAUCGCCUCCUCGCAGCGCGACGACAGGCUGUGGCUAAGACGCAGGCGGCCAAGGGGCCUCCGCUACCGUGUCCUUGUGGGUAUUGACUGCAGCAGAUCUAUGCAGCAGCUGCAAGCAGCAGGAAGCGCAUUGGAAGCCAUUGUGCUGCUCUCACAGGCGUUCAACCACCUACAGAUCGGCACUGUUAGUGUCUGCACUUUCGGGGGACCCAAGCCCGAGGUCUGCAUUCACCCUACCUCACAGGUCUCUGCAGCAGACGGCCAGCGGCUGCUGCAGUCCUGCAGCUUCAGGGAGGAGUCACACAAAAGCCACGAAGUGGCCAUCUCUGACUUGCUGCAGCUGGCUAUCCAUGAACUGGAGCAAGACAGCAGCAACAGCAGCAGCAGCAAUAGCAGCAUGGUCCUCAUUCUGUCAGAUGGAAGAUUCAACAAGGAGCAAACCAGGCCUUGGGUAAGCGCAGCGAUUGCGAGGCGCUGCAUUCCUCUGCUGCUUAUAUUGGAUCCCCAGAAACAGCAAAAGCAGGAUGAGAUGCGGCUUCCUUGGAGUAUAGGGGCUUCAGGAACCCCGGGGGUGCCAAGUGCAGCAUCUGGGUACAGCACCAGCAUAUUCGACCUAAAGCAGGUCCAGCACCAGCCAGGGGGAGGCUUGGAAAUAACGCCUUACUUGCAAGACUUCCCUUUCCCCUACUAUGCUGUUGUAAGAGACACAGCACAACUGCCAAGUGUUCUCAGCGAUAUCAUCAGACAGUGGGUAGAAGCCGCUGCCAGCGGAUGGUAG